GUGCGGGGACAGACGUGCCGCGAGCGCCGCACCGCCUGCAGCCGAGCUGCCCGCCGGGGCCGGGGCCGCGCCCGCCAUGGUGUCGUGGAUCAUCUCCAGGCUGGUGGUGCUUAUAUUUGGCACCCUUUACCCUGCAUAUUAUUCCUAUAAGGCUGUGAAGUCAAAGGACAUUAAAGAAUAUGUCAAAUGGAUGAUGUACUGGAUCAUAUUUGCACUUUUCACCACAGCAGAGACCUUCACAGACAUCUUCCUUUGCUGGUUUCCAUUCUAUUAUGAACUAAAAAUAGCAUUUGUAGCCUGGCUGCUGUCUCCCUACACAAAAGGAUCCAGCCUCCUAUACAGGAAGUUUGUCCAUCCCACACUGUCUUCAAAAGAAAAGGAGAUUGACGAUUGCCUGGUCCAAGCAAAAGAUCGAAGUUAUGAUGCCCUCGUGCACUUCGGGAAGCGGGGCUUGAAUGUGGCGGCCACAGCGGCUGUGAUGGCUGCUUCCAAGGGACAGGGCGCCUUAUCGGAAAGACUCCGGAGUUUCAGCAUGCAAGACCUCACCACCAUCAGAGGCGACGGUGCUCCUGCUCCCUCGGGCCCCCCCCCACCAGGGCCUGGGAGGGCCAGCGGCAAGCACGGCCAGCCCAAGAUGUCCAGGAGUGCUUCUGAGAGUGCCAGCAGCUCAGUGUGUACCUGUUGCUCCGCCUGUCGGACCCGGAAAGUGGUUGAGGGAGAUGUGAAUGAGGGUGGUAUGAAGUCAUGGGAGUCCCACCAGGUCCAAAGCCCACUGGCGUUCUCUGACGAGGAGGAGGAAGAUCUGCUGGAUUUCAUGUACAAGUUUAAGGCACCAAGAAGGACGGAGUUGCCCCUGGAGGCACCGCCUAGAACCCUUCGAUCACGCUUCAGGAAGAAAAGUACCUCAUCCUCGGCCACCGAAACUACGUGAGAUGAGCCAAUAGAACCGGAUCCACAGAACGUUUCUUCUCUGCCUUAAAGAGCUGGUCACUAACAGAUCUCCACAGGCUGGGCGUGCUCUGAGAGUGCAGCCUCCCAGACAAGGCCUUUACUCGCUCCCCUCCCCUAAGGAUUUCUUUUUCUUUUCUGUUUGUUUGUUCAUUUGAAAUUUUGCUGGGGAGAGGCUAAAGGGAAAAGGUGGUAGUGGGGGUAACCUUUUAAGUUUUCUGGGGUUAAGUUCCCACAAUUGGAUUGUUACUAUAGAAGGCAGUGGUUUUAGAACUGUAAAUGAUAUCACCUCUAUGCUGCUGAGAUGUACAUUUGUAAUUUAUCUGUUGCAUAGUUUUUAGUCCUGUAAAUGCAAAUGAAGCAAUUUUUUUUAAAAAAACUUUUUUUUGUUCUUGGUACUAAUACUCUGGACUAUGAUGUAUAUACUUACGGCUUUUGGCUUAAUAUAUUGAACUUGCAAGGGCUGUCAGAGGUUCUGAUAAGUGAGAGAAAUGCAAAAAUAUGGAGUCUAGACAAUAUUUCUGACAUACUUCCAAACCCAACAACAGUAGAAAAUCCCUUUUCCUGCAGGAAUAGUCAGCACAGAGUAGAGGAGAUAGUGUUUUGGCAACAGGAAUGAAGGUUGGCAAGAGGUCAGAGCACUCAUCUCCUCCUCAGGAAGAGACUGGGAGCUUCUGAACCUUCCCAGGGAGUCUACUGCUGCCUGGGCAGGAAAGCGGCUCACCCUUAGCAGAACUUUUUGGGGGAUGGAGACUCACAGAGCUGUUGGAAGACUCUUGAGCAUCUCAGAAGUUCUUGGCAAAUGAGUAUGUCUCCUUCACAGGGAUCAGUGUUGAGGCCAAUUUUCUCGGUAAAGGAACCUACAAUCUGGAGCUCCCUGCUUUUAGAGAACACUAAGCAAAAAUGAAACAAACAAACAAAAAAACUGGAACUAAGGGUUGCUCCAAAAUAUGACACACAUGUACAAUAACUAGAAAUGGGUUCUGAAAAGAUGUAGAAACUAAGGUAUUUAUGGUUGGCUCUCUGCCCUCUCAGGCCAGCGUGGAAGAUGAGCAAGAAUGGAUUCCCACUCGUGGCCACUCAAGGUCUUCCUGGAUGCUGUGCACAAGCCAGGAUUGCUUAGCAUGGCAAUAAAGCAUUGAGAAUCAUGAGAAGAAUUUGAUUUAGAUGACGCUGUGCUCUGAGGUAGCUGCUCUCCCCUGUGAGAGCUGAGCCAAAAUGUAGGACUAGUGUGUUUGUGCUUAGAGUUGGGAUUUUCUUUCAGUGUAAUGCAUGCAGUGGUCACAACCCAGUUUCCUCAUAUUUGAUUGUGUUUGUUUGUAGAUACGCCCUGAUGACUAGAGAAAUAGUGUUUUAUAUACUAUGUAAAACUGUCAACUGACUGCAAACAGGCCCAGUUGAGAACUGUUCUGUCACUGAGCUACGCAAACAUGCACUGGUGGCCUUUGUCAAUGGCAAAUUGACUAGACCAUGUCAUAAAGGGUUUUUUAGUUGAAAUUGAUUGCUGCCAGAUACACAUAAAGAAAUCCUCUGAAGGCGAUUUUGUAAUUUACAAAGGGAUUUAGGAAAAUAAAUCUAAAAGCAAAUUCAUGGCUGAAAGUGCAAAUAGUCUGUCUAUGCCUCAUACCCACUAACACCUGAGCCUGUUAGGGAAAACAAAACCCAUUCUCUUUAAGCUCACUAGAUAGUUCCAGAUAAGAAAAUGUAUGUAUGUACCUGUUAGGUGAGUGUACCCAGAAUUAUUUAAAACAUAUACAAUGUUUAAGUAAUGCAGCUUUUCAGCAUUUUUUUUUUUUGCCAAAGUAAUGAAUGCCUUUAGCAGCAGUUUAAACUCCUAUAAUAUGUUUACCAUUUCACAAUGGAAAGUUAUAACAAGUCUAGGCUAUAAAGUUUGUACUCAACUAUGCCAAAAACCAGUUUGAAUCACUCUACUCUCAAAUAUGCUGUAUUACUUCUCAUACAAGAUACAAAAUAUAAAGGUAUCUAAACUAUUGUCUUAAUGUAAAUGUAAAUGUGUUUCCUUCAGGAGUUGAUUAGAGAGUGAAUUUCUCUCUUAAAGACACUCACUGUAUAACUGAGAGCAGCUGUCUUAUUUCUUGCAAAAUGUGUUUACGUAUCCAACAAGCUGUAUAUUUGUGUAUGGAGUGACAUAAAACGUGAAUGCCUGUCAGUGUACACACAGUGGUGUGCUGUCUAGAGGAGAUAAACGAAUGUUUCAAUUUGCUGACUUACAGAGACACGCUGUUUACAAAAUGCUUGAUCGGAGGUCUGUAAAUGUCAUAACGUUUAGUUACUUGCCACCACACACUCGUUCUAUUUCCAAGGAGGUGAGAUGUGGUCUUGUGCUUAUCAACUGGAGGCUUAGUCAUAGUUCCUCCUGGCUUUGUGUGAAUAGCUUGCUCACUGCGCUGGCCUUAGCGAUGUGUGUCCUCCAUGGUCGGUGCCCAUGUGUUUGUGCUAAGAGUGCUUGUCAACCAUGAUUGUCUUUGAGCCUUCCUAAUGCUUCACCUUGCACAGUAUUGAAAUGGCGAAGGAUGUGCUUCAUCCUCACAGCGUCUCCUUGGAGAGCUGGUGUCCUGGACUGUGACUGUGUACAUUUCCUCUAGCUGUUUCUGAAGUCUGUCUAGAACGAGCUAUAAUUAAAUAGUAUACUGGUCUGUGUAUCCAAGAGAUGUAAAAUUGCAGUAUUCCAAAGGCUAAAGUUCUGCUGUUUUGUUACAAUGCCUGAUACAUAUCUUGAAUAAAGUCUUAACACUUUUCUUUUAAAAACCA